UCCGGUAUUUCUGCCGCUACCAUGUCAGAAUACCGGGCCGGCCGCUCAGCUGUUGUCUCCUGCAGGGCCUUACCUGUUCCUCGCUCCAGCGUUGCACAGUCUUCCCGCGCUGGCUUCUGUGACAGCCAGUCUCUGGUCAUCUGUACUGUGUCCGCAGUCUCUGGUCAUCUCCUGUACUGUGUCCGCAGUCUCUGGUCAUCUCCUGUACUGUGUCCGCAGUCUCUGGUCAUCUCCUGUACUGUGUCCGCAGUCUCUGGUCAUCUCCUGUACUGUGUCCGCAGUCUCUGGUCAUCCCCUGUACUGUGUCCGCAGUCUCUGGUUAUCUCCUGUACUGUGUCCGCAGUCUCUGGUCAUCCCCUGUACUGUGUCCGCAGUCUCUGGUCAUCUCCU